AAAUUCCUAAAGACUAAAUCUACCUACUACCAUGCUAAAUUUAAAUUUUACAGGAACAAAUUGAAUCAUUUAAUUAAAUUAAGUAAAAGAAGUUAUGACAAUAAUUUCUCUUCAAUUCACGUAAAUAAUGGGAAACAAAUCUGGCAAGGAAUUAAAUUGUUCAAAUUAACCCACAGGUAAAUCAAUCAAUAAGCAAAAUAGUCUGGAAAAAUUGUGAAAUAACUGAUCCCAAAGCAAUAGCUAAUGCAUUCAAUAAUUAUUUUGCCAAUAUAGGUGGUAAUCUUGCAAGUUCCAUUCCCAGUGCUACAAAAACUGCU